UUCUUUCUUUUCAAAAUGGCGGCGUCUGCGCCCCUGGAAAUUUUUCUCCCUGAAAGAAAAAGUUGUAAAAUUUCUAAAUUGAAAGUGAAAUCUGGCUCGAAAGUAUCAAAAGGAACUGUAUUGUUAUUCUAUAGAUCUGAAAAUGAAGAUAUCGGUGGUGAAGAGAAAGGACCUGAGCAGAAAUUGAAGUCUCAAGAUGUUGGAACUGUCAAAGAUAUCCUUGCAAAUGAAGGAGACGAAGUGAAACCAGGGUCAGUUGUCUUGAGGAUUGCAAGAUGUUCACAUCCCACUGUUAUGAAAGACAUGUGUGCAGAAUGUGGGGAAGAUUUGAGAAAGGAUGACGAUGACAAGCAGGCACCUGCAACCAAAGCAUCUGUUGCUAUGAUUCAUAGUAUUCCUGAACUCCAUGUCAGUAAAGAAGAAGCUGAUGUUCUUGCCAAGCUUGAUGAGGAUUCUCUGAUCAAGCAUAAAAAGCUGGUUCUUCUUGUUGAUCUGGAUCAGACAUUAAUCCACACUACACUUGAUGACGUCCCAGCAGAGAUGCCUGGGGUUCACCAUUUCCAGCUGAGGAAGGGUCCCAUGUUCCCUUGGUACCACACCCGGAUCAGGGAUAACUACCAACAGUUCCUGGACAUCAUCAGUCAGUUCUACCAGCUACAUAUAUUUACCAUGGGGGUUCGUCUCUAUGCUCAUACUAUAGCGGAGAUCAUUGACCCGGAUGGGAAAUUCUUCUCCCAUCGUAUCCUCUCCAGGGACGAGUGCUUUGACCCCAACUCAAAGAAAGCAAAUUUAAGGUCCAUAUUUCCUAGAGGUGACAAGAUGGUGUGUAUCAUCGACGAUAGGGAUGAUGUGUGGAACUUUGCUCCAAACCUGAUCCAGGUUCCUCCAUACCGCUUCUUUGAAGGCACCGGUGAUAUCAACUCGCCUCCAAACCUAAAUGAUCGCAACAAUGCCCCCGUGAAAAGGCCCAGGGAAUCACAGCAUAAGUUCUCGCCUCCCUCUCAGAAGGGAGAUGGUGAUGAUAGCCCGGGAGAUACGGGGAGUAAGGAAGGAAAGGGAGAAGUGAGUAAGGAGGCUAGUGAGGAAGAGAAGACCAUGGACAAGAACAAGGUGGUGGAUGAGAAAUCGGAGGUGUGCAGUUCAGAGGUGUCCUCAACCACCAAGGAUAGCGAGGAAGAAUCCAGUGACAAGUUAGACAAGGGACGUGGGAAGGAGGCAGGAGAGGGAGAUAUGAAAGGAUUAUCAAAGGAUGAAAUGGAAGAAGGCGAACUUGCCCAUGAAAAGGAGAGUGACAGUGAGAAGGUAACCACUACAGAUGGAACGGGCACAGAAGCGAUGUCACCUGUGGAAGAUCAGGAUGAAUACUUGCUCUACCUUGCAGACACGCUGACACGCAUUCAUAGGAAAUUCUUUGCACAAGUAGAUGCAAAUCCUCGGGAGCUCCCAGAUCUGAAAUCCAUUGUUCCUGCAAUGAGGAUGUCUGUUUUGAAAGGAUGUAACAUUGUCUUCAGCAGUGUGUUCCCCACUAAUAUGCCACCAGAACAGAGCAGAGUGUGGAAAGUGGCUCUUGCGCUAGGUGCUAAGGUCUCUCCUCAGAUUGUUACAAAGAGUAAAGAGGAACAGGCAAAAGGAAGGGCCACGACGCAUCUCGUCGCUGCCAAGGUUGGCACGUCGAAGGUCCACGCAGCCAAGCGCAGCAAAAGUAUCUUUAUUGUUGAACCCGAUUGGCUGUGGUGCUGUUGGGAGAGAUGGGAACGGGUGGAUGAGAGGCUCUUUCUUCUUGCCGAUGCCAGUAAACACGGCAGCAGAAGUAGCACCCCUGGCUUCAGUGACACAGAAAGUAAUGGAUCGCAGAAAGGAAAAGGUAAAGCCAAGGUGAGCACUAAUGGAAAUGCUGGCUCCACUGGGAUGCCAGGGCAAAGAACAAAGAGCAGACCUUUGAGCAUGUCGGAGGACUAUAAUCCAAUGUUUAGCUUCUCGUCAGAAGACCUUGCCAGUAUGGAUAAGGAAGUUGAGGACAUGUUUGGAAGCAGUAGUGGUGAAAGCAGUAGCAGUAGUAGCAGUGAGUCAGAGGAUGAUGAUCGGUCCAACCCAACAAGUCUGGGCAGCUUGACCAGACCGGCUUCCUCCUCAAGCGAUGAAAGCCUGACAGCAGAAAACCCCAGAGGAUGGAAGCGCAAGCGGGAAGAAAUGGAGGACAAUGACGAUGAUGUGAAUGAUUUUGACCCAUUUGCCAAUAGGCCUGCAGAGGACAGUAGCUCAAGUGCAGGGUUGAGUGAAGGAGAAGAAUGGUUCAGUGAGGAAGAAGGGCAGAAGAUGGCAAAUGCCAUUGAUGACUUACUGACAUACAAGAGAAGCGUCAGAAAAUGGGAUGAAGGUUGAUCAUGCCGGAUUUCAUUACCAAUGAGAGUUAGUUAUGAAUUAUGUGAUUCUAUUUACAAUAGUACUGCUAAUUAUGGUGUAUAAAGCACAAAGAUUUGCCCCUGUUCUUGAUUUGCUUUCCGUCCUUGAUAGCUCCUUUAUAAAUUGAGUUGAAUUGACUUCCCUGUAGGUUAGAAAAAUGACAAAAUGCAUGCUACAACAUGAUUUGUCACUCAAAGAACUUUCCUAAAAUUUAUAACAGAUCUUGACCUUCAAGUUAAUGCCAAUAUCAGCCUUUCCUUGUUGCAGUUUUUUCAUUGUCUUAUUACAUGUAGCGAUAACCAGAAAUCUAAAUACUGCUUUUGAAACCAACUUGCAUGUUGAUAUUAAAAAGACGGACCUAGAAGCACACAUUUUUUGCUAGUUCUAUUGUGAUUCAUGAAUGUGUAAUUACCAAUCUUCCAGCAUGAAUGCUGGAUUAAUUAGCAAGUUUCAAUACGGGUGAAUUGUACAUUUAACACUUUGUAUAUAAUGAAGUAGAGAGAUAAAUGUUUGUUGUUCACCAUUUGUCAAAACAGGAGAAAAAACCCUGUUCAUGAGCUUAAUUCUUUUUAGGUUAAUUUUGAGAUAUGGACCAAUAGUUGCUUGUGCUUUGUGAGCAUCGCAGCUCUCAAAGAGUUUUUAAAUCAUUAUUUGUGCAAACUUUGUGGAUUUCAACAUCAGACUUGAUUUGAGUCUAAUUCGAAUUCCUAAUGUAUUGUAUGUAAUAGAGUUGUGAAUUAUUUAUUGUGUCAAGUGUUAUUUUUUCGGCAAAAUGUUCUGGGGAGACAUAAUGUUACAUGUAGUCUGUUAAACUCGGUUAUCUUAUAAAGCUAACUCAUUAUUAGAUUUAUAUUGCCUCCAUUGACCAAUUCUGUAUUUUGCAUGUUUUUCAUGAUCUUCCUGUUAUUGUUAAUACAAGAAUGAUUUAAAUCAAAAGCAUCAGGAUGACAUUCUCAAAGUGUUGCUGCAAAUAAUUUACAAACUCCCUGAUAAAUUAAUGUCCCAAAAAACUCAUAGGGAUUUAUCAUGUGUAUAAAUGGGUACUAUGGGCUGAAAAAAAAAACAGAGUAAAAGUCCAUGACAAAAUUUUCAGUGAUAAGUAUUUGUUCAAAUUAAAUAAUUUUUCAGCCUGGACUACUGCUUUAAUCAAGAAAAUGAAAGCAAAAGGAGAAACCUAAAAGAUAACUUAAAAAGAGAUAGAAAAAAGGUUUCUUACCUAAUGCCUCACUCAUUUUGUCUAUCUCCUGUCGUGCUUCCUGUUUUCUCUGGCACUUUUUCCACCAAAACUUUAUAGAGCUAUAUUUCUUUUUUGUUGUGUAUAACGAGGGCUCCAUCCCAAAGUGUGUGCACUUUACUGGAUGAUUCAAUGCAUUUUCCAUUUUCAAGAUUGGUUUAAUACUUGAUAAAGCUCUUUUUGCAAAAAACAAAUUGUUGGUUUUACUGGUUUUAUUGAUUUAGUCAAGUUUAAAGAAAAGGCCCUUAUGUACAAUCUGACCUCAUUUAGUAGGCCUUGAUUUAUUGGGACAACUCCAUUAACUGGCCGUAGUAUCUCCUGUUCAUUUUAGCUAAAAGAUACAAGCCAAAAAUAAGAGUAACUUUUAUUAUUUCAUUUUCAUCUUGCACAAGCAAAAUGACAUCCGGAAUCAUCCAUAAUCCAAAGAAAACCGGGACCAUUCUUUGAAGUGUUACAACUGGUAACUUUGCCAUUAUGACAACUACCAUGGUAACAGGUCCUCAGCAGCCAAUCCUAGUUGGACAGACAAACUAAGUCGAACUGAAAGUUAUCCUAGAUGCUCAGAGGCAACAGAUAUUGAUUAUUCUGUUCAGAUUUUCUUCUUUAUUUCAUUAUGUUUUUGAUCCAUAUCAAGAAUGGCUCAAGCUUCUUCCAUGUGAAAGUCAAGAAUGACAAUGUACGUAAGAAUAAUAUCAAACCUUGCCAUUAUACUUUGUUAAUGUGUACAGUGUAUAUAUGAAUUUAGAGGUUCAGCUGUCGAGUCUGCUUUGUGCAAACUAGAUUACCAUAGAUACUGACACUUAUUUCAUAGUCCCCAAUUAUUAGGGUUUAGAUUCUGAAAUGCAAGACUGAUUGUUUUUUUUUAUUAGAAGGAAUAGAGUUUUGCAACUGAUAAUUACUAAAUAUAGUAUUUGAGGUAGAGUAAAUGUUUUUAGAAACCAUUUUCAAAGCAAUCAUUGAAGUUGGCAUUCCGGCCAAGAUCACACCUUUAUAUUGCUGUGUAUUGUUAACAUUAACUAUAGCUGUCCCUGCCAAUGCGCAACAAUUUUUUUUUUUUGGGGGGGGGCAUCAGUCAGUAUUGUGUACCGGUAGUAUGUUUGUAAUAGCUUGAUACAAAAUCAAAGCUGUAAGAGCUUGACUUGCAUCCAGAGGAUUAAUAGCAAAUCAAUAUCCACAAUCAAUAAAAAAAGAAUAAAACACUGCAACUUGAGAAGUAGGGCAAUUAAACUUGUGCUUCAAUGAUAAUUUAAAAGUUCUAUAACCGGAAAGUAAUUAGCAAAUAGGCCCUUGUGAAAUUUGAUGUAGUUUGCAAUGUAUUUUUUACGGCACUUUGCCAGGUAUGACUACUAUUGAGUGAGCAAGACAGUGCAUUCACAAGCCUAAUAAUAUGCAGUUGUGAGUUGUGAUUAAACCAUACAACCAUUACUAUAAUUUGUUUCUCAUAUUGGAUUAUGACUCGAUAAGAAAUUAAUUUACCCCGUACAAAAGAUUGCUGCGUGGACGACAUUGCAACUCACUGACUCAAGGCAUUACACCCAGAGGAGCAUUUCAUCCGACAAAUUGUCAGAUCUGACAACUUUCGUAGAUUUUGAUUGGCUGAGAAGCACUGUUACUAUGGUAACUGUCGGAUAAAAUAGACGUCUGACAAGUCCUUUCAUGAAUCACUACCCAUAUCCACAGUAUUAUGCAGCCCUUUCUCGUUAUUCGCCUUUCAAGGAAAAGUCACAUGAUGUCUUUGAUAAUAGUAAUUACCGGUAUCCAAGAAAAGCAAUGUUAAUAGCCACUUUUACAGUUCUAUGCAUACUGCUUUUUUUUAAAGGUAUUUCCAGAUUCUUUCAAAACAAUAGCAAAACCAAAGCCAUGCACUUAUUCUUUUGUAUUUUUGCAAGAAAAAAACAUUUGGGGCUUGUUCCAUGUGGUAACUUUGCCAUUAUGGUAAUUACCAUGGUAACAUGGCUCAGCAGUUUAUCAAAAGCACAGUUUCUUUUUAAUAAUGGCAAAGUUAAUAAUAAAUUUUGUAAAAUGGGUCACAGGUUUCAUUUGGUUCAUGGAGAUUUCAUAUUGAGUUCCUGGUGUUUUUAACAUUCAUUUUUGUUAUUAAAAGUUGAAUAUGUAUAUAUUGAAAUUCUAUUUGUAUAGACGGCAGUAAUUAAGGAUCAGUACAUAUCACAUCAAUAGUCUUUUCAAUAUUUGUGAUAAUGGCGAAGUUUUUUUGCUAGGUAAGCUAAUUGAAAUGCUCCUGCAUAGUAUGAAGUGUACAGAUGAUUAGAUUUUAUUAUAUUUUAGUACUACAUAUCAGCUUAUAUGA